GAAAACGAACACAUGGCACGAACUGUCAAAGAGGAAAGAAAAUCAAAACAAGAUAAGUAAACAAGAUUAGCAGAAAACUUCGUGCACAUUUCAUUAAAAUAAAAUUACUAAAUUCUACAAGUAAACAUUUCCAAAAUCAUGAACAUCGAGCUCCGAAACCUCAAAGACUUUCUCGGGUUAUACAAUCGCGUAACGGAGCUCUGCUUCUCGUCCUGCGUGGACAACUUCAACGUCCGCGACCUGUCGCCGGAGGAGGUUCGCUGUGCGGAGAACUGCGUCGGCAAGUUCACCAACACGAACCAGCGGCUGAUGCAAGUGUACAUGGACGUCCAGGGCAAGAUCAACGAGCGCCGGUACGCCGAAGUGGAGGCCCUGCAGGCGAAACAGGAAGCGGAACUGCUGCAGCAACAGCAGCAGCAACAAGAGUUGGCCGAUAGUCAGUUGCCGGUGGAUGGUGGGACUAGCGGGGACAGUGGGCCGGAACCUGCCAAUUUGACUCCGGUGGCCACGAAUUAGGGUUAAGGUGAGAGGUAAUUUUAUUUAAUAAAAGUAGAUUCGAGCAACUAAA